UAAAGUCCCGGAAGCUGUAGAUCACAUGUAGCCUAUGUUUCAGGGCACCCGUGAGUGCAAUUUUAGACACAGAAGCUGGUGAACCGGAGAGACCUCUAAAUCAGUCAUUUAAAUUUAGUUUUCUUCCACAAUUACCCAAAACUUUAGGCUCAGCAAUCAUCCAGAUAUAUUCACCAUCUUCUGUAGAUUUUCGUGUACAUUUUUCUGAAUAGGCUUCCUAGAAACAAAAAAUGGAGUCCUCCGAUGAUUCAUUUCCCGCUGCUGAUGUAGAGAAAGAGUUGAACCCGGGUAAUAACACGUCCGUAGAGGUUGAUUCUGUCUCAUCUCAAAUUGCGGAGGGAAAAGGUGUAGCGAAGAAGGGGGAGAAAGGAAAGAAUGAUCCGGUGCAAACGUUUAAAACAACCAUGAUUGUCUCGGGAGUCCUCAUCGUGCUGGCUGGUGUAGCAUUGGCCAUAUCCAAGAAACUAAGAGAGAAUAAAGCUUAGGUAGUAAGAUACUUGAAUGAGAAAUCUACCUGGAUACAACUUGAUGCCAUCUUGAUCAUCAUCACAACUAUUUGUUUAGUUGGUUUGUCAUCGGUUAUACAUGUAAAAGCUCAUUUUUUUUCUUUUUCUUUUUAUGUUUUCCAAUGUAGUAUGACAGUUGAUUCGAGUUUUAAUCUUUUCUUCGUCUUCUUUAAGGAUUA